UAGAGUUGAAGACCGAGAGAGAGAGAGAGACUACGUGUGUGCCUAUAAACAAUUCCAUAUAUGUAUUUUAUAUAAAAACUUAUUAUAUAAGCAGAGCCAGUCCUUUAUAUAGAGUAGUAUUAGAGCAAAGUUGGGAAGGAACAUGCAAAUAAAAAAAUAAUAAAGAAAAAGCAGAGAGCUAGAGACAGAGCAGAUCGAGUACAACAAUGGCGGUGAAUAUGACUAACAUGGGGAUGUUCAGGGUGUGUGGUCAAGAGGAACUUGAGCAACUUUCACGAGAGGGUAGUCACUAUAGUCUGUCAACUGGGAUAUUACCUUCGCUCGGUGCCAGAGCCAGUAAUCGGAGGAACAAACUCAAGUGGUUUAUUAUCUCUCCAUAUAACCACCGCUACAGGGUAUGGGAAACUUUUCUUGUGGUUCUGGUAAUCUAUACUGCUUGGGUUUCACCAUUUGAGUUUGGUUUCCUUCAAAAGCCAGCGGGACCACUAGCAAUUACUGAUAAUGUCGUCAAUGGAUUUUUCGCUAUAGAUAUUAUUCUUACCUUCUUUGUAGCUUACUUAGACAGAACCACAUACCUACUUGUCGACGAGCCAAAGCAAAUUGCCUUAAAGUAUGCAAAGUCCUGGUUGGUUUUCGAUGUCAUUUCCACUAUCCCAGCCGAGCUUGCCCGAAAGAUUUCUCCUGCGUUCAGAUCAUAUGGCUUAUCCAACAUGCUUCGGUUAUGGCGUCUUCGAAGAGUUAGCGCUCUAUUUUCAAGAUUGGAGAAGGAUAGGAACUAUAACUACUUCUGGGUUCGAUGUGCCAAACUCAUAUGUGUUACUCUUUUCGCUGUUCACUGUGCUGGAUGCUUUUAUUAUCUUAUUGCGGCACGUUAUCAUGACCCGAAAAGAACUUGGAUUGGGAGUUCAAUGGGAAAUUUUCUUGAACAAAGCCUGUGGAUUCGUUACGUGACUUCAAUAUAUUGGUCUAUCACCACUUUGACAACCGUAGGAUAUGGUGAUUUGCAUCCCGUGAACACAAGGGAGAUGAUAUUUGACAUUUUCUAUAUGCUCUUCAACCUUGGAUUGACUGCCUACUUGAUUGGUAACAUGACUAAUCUUGUUGUACAUGGAACCAGCAAAACGAGAAAAUUUAGGGAUACCAUACAAGCUGCCUCUAGUUUUGCUCAGAGGAACCAACUACCACUUCGGCUGCAGGAUCAGAUGUUGGCACAUUUGUCUCUUAAGUUUAGGACAAAUUCAGAAGGACUCCAACAACAGGAGACUCUCGACUCUCUUCCUAAAGCUAUCCGAUCCAGCAUUUCACAUUAUCUCUUUUACUCUCUUGUUGAUAAGGUGUACUUGUUUCGUGGGGUUUCAAAUGAUUUGCUUUUUCAGCUGGUCUCAGAGAUGAAAGCCGAAUACUUUCCACCAAAAGAAGAUGUUAUUUUGCAGAAUGAAGCUCCCACAGAUUUCUACGUACUUGUCACUGGCUCUGCGGACCUGGUAGUGCUUAUAAAUGGAGUCGAGCAGGUUGUAGGAGAAAUAAAAAGUGGUGAUCUGUGCGGUGAAAUUGGUGUACUGUGUUAUCGGCCUCAGCUCUUUACGGUACGCACAAAGCGAUUGAGCCAGCUGCUCCGGCUGAACCGUACGGCAUUCAUGAAUAUUGUUCAGGCCAAUGUUGGAGAUGGAACCAUAAUCAUGAACAAUCUUCUCCAGCAUCUAAAGGACCUUAAGGACCCCAUUAUGGAGGGAGUUUUGUUGGAGACAGAGAACAUGCUAGCUCGUGGUAGAAUGGACUUACCGCUCAGUCUCUGCUUUGCAGCUCUUAGAGGAGAUGACUUGAUGUUGAAUCAGUUGUUGAAACGGGGUUUGGACCCAAAUGAGUCUGACAACAGUGGAAGGACAGCCCUGCACAUAGCAUCAUCCAAAGGAAGUACGAAUUGUGUGCUUCUUCUUCUGGACCAUGGGGCAGAGCCUAAUUCUAGAGACUCUGAAGGCAAUAUACCACUAUGGGAAGCAAUACAAGGCGGCCAUGACCAUGUAGCCAAGUUAUUACAAGAAAACGGAGCUGUUUUGGAUGAAGGUGAUGUGGGGCAUUAUGCAUGCAUUGCCGUUGAGCAAAACAACUUAAACUUACUCAAGGAAAUAGUUCGGUAUGGUGGUAAUGUCGCAGCUGCUCAAGGCAAUGGCACAACUGCUCUCCACGUGGCCGUCAGCGAAGACAAUAUUGAAAUGGUCAAGUUCCUUCUGGAACAAGGUGCUGACGUUGACAAAGCAGACCUUGAUGGUUGGACCCCAAGAGCCCUAGCUGACCAACAAGGUCAUGAAGAGAUCAAGUCCCUUUUCCAGUACAAGAAAGAGGCUAAAAUUCAAUCUAUCAUUGUCAUUCCUGAGGUUGAGAGAGACAACAACAAGGUUCGCUUUUUGGGCAGAUUCACAAGCGAGCCUAACAUCCGGCCUGUGCCUCAGGAGGGCUCCUUCCCUGGCACAGACGGUUCAUGGGGCCGUAACCGGCCUAGGAGAAAGACCAAUAACUUUCACAACUCAUUGUUUGGUAUAAUGUCUGCUGCCCACAAUGUGGAUAAAGGACCACUUUUCUCUGUUAGCAUGACAAAGAGUCCUAGAAGUGCAAAUGCGACUACUAACCCUCCUAGAGUGACCAUUAGUUGCCCUGAAAAGGGUGAAUAUAAGGGCAAACUUAUUCUUCUUCCUGGAACAUUUCAGGAUCUGCUUGAAUUCGGUGCCAAGAAAUUUGACUUCUCGACAGUUAAAGUGGAAAGUAAAGAAGGAGCUGAAAUCGAUAACAUAGAGGUAAUUAGAGAUGGUGAUCAUCUUGUUUUUAUUAACGGUGAUGACAAGGAAAGUGGAGUUGAAAACCAGAAGUCUCAGACUGAAGGGGAUUUAUAGUAGUAGUAGUACGUAUUGGGGUACUCGGUGGAUGUUCAAAUUUUCAACAUGUUACUGCCACAUGCCAGAUCAAUGAAGUGUUGGGAAGAGCUGUGGUUCAAAAUAUACUAACAUUUUUUUAUUUGUUUUGGGAAGGGAAUGUUCUUUUUGUUCAAUUAAAAAGUCAAGGAUGACACGAGCAGAAAGAUCAAUGUAAGAGAGAAAUUUAUGUACAUGCAAAAAAAAUGUGAAAGCAAUGUACAAGAAUACGUGAAAAGAAUUAUACAAAAAGCUUACUCCAUUACCAAAUCCAGUGGAAUGUAUGCUACGAGUACAUUGUAUAUAAUGAGAUUAUGUAAAUAAUAAUGAAUGAAUAUAUUGACGUAAA